AUGUUUACCAGGACAGGUACAUUGAGCGCAACCGGUCUCAGUUGUUUUGCAUUCCUCACAAUUUUUUCUUUUUUUGCAACAAUUCUGACUAUCUCAUGGCUAUCAAUCAGUGCGUUUUAUGGAUUGCGCCCAUCUGCAUCCGCUUGGACGAAUGCAUCGAAUGUUGCCAAAACAGCUGGCAGUGAGUGUGUUCUUCCGCAACUAGACCCGUGGGAUGAAUGGAUGAUGAAAUUUGUACAUAAAAGCUACGAUGUGACCGAAAGUGAAUGUGCGGUAAAGCCGAAAAAGGUUCGAACCGAACUGCGCAGGAAUACUUUAUGGAGUGUCGUUGAGGAGAAUGAAAGUAUGCUAUAA